AUGACUCCGAAGCUUGGCAAGACAUCGGAGACGUUGCGCACCUGCCACCUCGAACAAAAGAUCAGUCAAAAUACGUUACUCUGCCAAUAUAAAGAAACAAUCCGAACAUGGCCUGGAAUAGAGAAAUAUGCCGACUUUAUGCUGGAGCAUAUCGAUCGUAACAUUCUUGCCCUUCAGGGCGAGCUUCUCACUCCGACGGCGCUGGAAAAGAUCAGAUUGCAGCAGUCAGAGCCGUGGCCAUUGAACGUGGGCUACCUAGACUACGUCACCGAUAGUCGAUGCGAUAACUACCUGCGAUUUUAUGUUGGUCAGACAAUCAAGUCCACUCGAAGAAUUAUGAUUGAUCACUGCCAAUCUAUUUUGAAAUGCAAAAAUUCCUCGUUGCAUUACUUUAUUGUCUGGCUGGGCAACGGCUACCGGCGGGCUAAUUUCUUACGGCUCUGGUCACUGCCUUACAGCAUGGGAAGAUCCAUCGACAGACAGAUCGUAUCCGACAUGCUUGAAACCCUGUUCAUUAGAGUUUUUAAGUCCGAUCAUGGCGGCUGCAGCCCCUCAAGAUCCGAUGCCGAAUCCGAAUAUAGCUCGGGACUUGGUCUAAACAUACUGUGCCCAUUCGCACAGAACUCAAAUCUUACUGAUGAAAUCAUGAGGCUACCUUACGUUACACCUGUGAGGAGAUCGGCCGAUCCUCAAAUUAAAACGACUACACACAUUCGGGAGCCUCCGUGGGCGGCGCCUCAAUUUUUUACUGCGCUUCAGCAGGCAAUCGGCGACAAAAAUUGUCUGAGUGAUCUAGAACUCUCUUUUCAGCACGCGCCAGCAACAAACGAUCGUCUUCCUGCCCAAUGGUUCGACGAUCGAUAUGAGCAUGUUGCCACGAAUGGCCCACUUGGCUCUCUGACGGCACCCAUCAGUUUCAUUCUCGAUUACGCGUCUGCAAUUGAGUCCGACCUAAGGGAAUCAUCGCCAAUGCCAAAAACUCACACAGGCCUUCCAUGGGUACUGGAGCGAACGGGGUUUGAUGCCAACAGCGCUCUUGUUUGGACCUUUGACUUCACAAAAGCUCUUCGAAAGUGGUUCUUCUAUGUGGAGCACGUCCGUACGUGGCAGCCACGGCGGGACUUGUCCAUGACCAGCGACAGGCCUGGCGCUAUCUCCAACUCCGGUGUGGCUAUCGAGUCGAGUACAUCGUAA